CCUCUGCCACAUGGAGAUACGACUCAGCCGGACUUGGCUCAGGAAGGACUCUGUGGAUGCAGACAGAGUUCAGACAUGGCUCCUGGCGUGGAUCAAAGUGGAGACCAUCUGCCAGAAUCCAUGAAAGCAUCAGAGUGCGGUUCAUCUGAACUGCUAAGAGUAGUGAAGCACAAACCGAGUGCCAUUGUGUUCUGUGAUCAUGAUGGUAACACGGACAACAAGGUGAUCUCUGAUGAUGGAGAGUCCUCUUCAUCCACUGCUGAAGAGGGAGAGGAUGAUGAGGAGGAUGUUAUUCCCGAGAUGUCACAAUAUAAGGAAUUCCUGGUCAGUCGUCAGCGUAGAAACUUGAGCAGGAAGUGCUUGAGAAAGAGACCGGAUGCCCAGCCUGAUAACGCUGCAUCUGGCUUGCAAGAGCCCCCCGACGAGGAAGAACCUGAGAUCGCAGGUAGCCAGGAGGAAGAGGAAGCGCCUCAGAACGAUGAGGAACAGGCUGCUGCAUCCAUGAAUCUGCUUUGGGAAAAGUUGGAUCACCUCGAUGAGGGGACCCAGGAAGUCCAAAACUCCCACUCAGACGAGGCCAAUGACGAGGAGCAGCAGAGCACCGCGGGUGCUCGGGGGGGUUGUAGGACGUUGGGCCGAUCACUGAGUCUGGAUCAGGAAAGCUCCAGAGCUGCAGACAAGCAUGAGCCACUGACCAGGCAGCGCUCACGACCUUUGACCCGCAGCAGACCGCUGACCCGCGCCUCCCUCUCGUCCCCUGCUCACCUCCAUGCUCGAUGGGCCAGGGCUGCUGGAAGGAUGACCAAUGGAUGUGCAGAGAUUGAGGCUAAGGAGGCUUGUGAUUGGUUAAGAGCAGCCGGGUUUCCACAGUAUGCCCAGCUCUAUGAAGAUUCCCAGUUUCCAAUUGACAUUUCCUCUGUGAAAAGGGACCAUGACUUCUUGGACCGUGACCUGGUGGAGCCACUCUGUCGACGGCUCAACACUCUGAACAAGUGUGCCUCCAUGAAACUGGAUGUCAGCCACCCCAAGAAGAAAGGUGAUGACUCUGAUGAAGAUGACCCGUUGGCUAUCAGUAAAAGGUGGACGUUUGAGUGGAGCAGCCGACGUUGGUCUCGCCAGCAUGACUUCCUGUUGGACAGCACCGAUGAGAGCAGCCCGACAGGACAGGGGGAGGGUCUGCUGCACAGCACAGUGAGCAGUGAGAGUCUGCUGACAGACCUCAGCGAGCAGGAGAUCACAGAGAUCUCCUCCCUGCACAGCGAGGACUCCGCCUCCGCCUUGCCUGACUCUUUAUCUAUGGCAUCUCUCUCCGCUUCCUACCAACCACCAAGGGAUCUUUCACACUACAACUCCCUGCCACUCAAGAGCAGCCGGCAUGGGCAAGGAGGGCGGAGCAAAGCCAAGGAGUUUUUGCGUCGAAUGGAAUUAAUGCGCACUUGGGGGCCGUCAACGAAGCGGAAAAGCUCACAUCGCAGGCCUCCACUGGUGAUCAGUGGGCCGGUGUUACAUGGCGAGGAGCCUCACGCUCUGCAGAUGCUCCAGUGUACUCCCAUCAGCCAACUGGAACACAGCCUUCAACAAACUAAUGGUGAAACUUCCCUUGUCUCCCCUACCAGUGAUUGUAAAGACCAAUCCACAGUGGGUGUGAGCCCCAGCACUGAGACAAUGGCGCCUGUUGGAAAGGAGUCUGUGUGUAGAAAACACCUCACUGGGAGCAAGAGAAGCAGCAUGUAUCUGGAGGAUAUGGAGCUGCCUUCUCAAGGUAAGAGGACUGAAGGGCAGAGCCAGUUUGGCAGAAACCAGUUUCGCUCUUAUGAAAACCUUCUCGUUCACAUCCCUAAAGACCACAAACCAGGCACCUUUCCAAAAGCUCUAUCCAUAGAGAGCCUGGUGCCUUCCCCCGAUGAUGGAAAGAACGGCCCCCAGACACAUGCCCAAACUUCUCCAUCCAGCAAUGGCCUGGGGGGGCCCUGGUCUGGUAAACCCCUGUCCAAGCCCACCUGCCCUGGAGCUCCGCGGGGCAGCAGGGUGAGUGUUUAUGACAACGUCCCGGGAUCACACCUUUACGCCAGCACAGGAGAUCUGCUGGACUUUGAGAAAGAGGACAAUCUGUUCCCUCACCUCGAUGACAUCAUCCAGCAUGUCAGCGGUUUGCAGCAAAUAGUGGACCACUGGAGCCGCAGUGUGCUGCCUGAGGAUGAGACAGGGGAGGGGGAGGAGGAAGGGGAAGGCAGGACCACACCAAGUGAGGGAGAGAGAGAUGGCGUGUCCUUGAACGACACUGAUUCAACAGGAACCAGCCGCGAGAGGCGGGACUCUGGAGUCGGGGCCUCCCUGACAAGACCACGAUUACGAUGGCCGAGUUUCAGAACCUCUGAUCAUCUCAACCAGCCAGCGUCUUCUCUGCAGAUCAGCAGCCAAUCAGCAGGCCAGCUCAGCCUGCUGCAGAAGUUCUCUUUGCUCCGCCUCACCGCCAUCAUGGAGAAAUACUCAAUGUCAAAUAAACAUGGCUGGACAUGGUCUGUACCCAAGUUUAUGAAGCGCAUGAAGGUGCCAGACUACAAAGAGAAGAGUGUGUUUGGCGUUCCCCUCAUCAUCCAUGUCCAGCGCUGUGGGUUUCCGCUCCCUCUGUGUUUACAGCAGGCCCUCUGCCACCUCCGAACACACUGUCUGGACCAGGUGGGAUUGUUCCGUAAAUCUGGAGUGAAGUCUCGUAUUCAGGCUCUGAGGCAGCAGUGCGAGCUGUCCCCCGACUCUGUGAACUAUGAGGACCAGUCAGCUUACGACGUGGCCGACAUGGUCAAACAAUUCUUCAGAGACUUGCCAGAGCCUCUGCUAACAAGCAAGCUGGGGGAAACCUUCCUGCAUAUUUACCAGUAUGUCCCAAAGGAGCAGAGGUUACAGGCGGUCAGGGCGGCCAUUUUGCUAAUGCCGGAUGAAAGCAGGGAGGUUCUGCAGACGUUGCUCUACUUCCUGCGUGAUGUCACUUCCUUGGUGGAGGAGAACCAGAUGACGCCGAUGAACUUGGCUGUUUGUCUGGGACCUUCGCUCUUCCACCUGAGCAUACUGAAGAACGAGAUGCUGUCACCAAGGUCAAUCCAGAGGAAGUACACCACGGGCCGCCCCGAUCAGAAAGACCUGAAUGAGAAUCUGGCAGCCACCCAGGGCCUGUCACACAUGAUCAAUGAGUGCCAUCGUCUCUUUCAGAUCCCAGAGGAGAUGGUGACCCAGUCUCGCAACUCCUACAUGGAGGCUGAGCUGAUGGUGCCCCCGCUGGAGGAACUGUGCAAGGCUCACAUGGAGGAAGUGGAUGAGGAUGAGGAAGAGGAGGAAGAGGAGGGAUCCUAUCAUGCACAUAUAGAAAAGCUGGUCCAGAACCUGCUGGAAGAGGCCAAAGAUAAGAGCAAAGGCUGGGUGUCUCGCUCCACUAGUGACAAUACAGAACUGGCAGUUAAAAAGGUGGGAGAUGGUAAUCCUCUGAGGCGGUGGCGAGUGUGUGUUGAGGUGUCUGCAGCUCCCACCGAGGUGCUGCAGCGGCUGCUGAGAGAGCGCCCCCUGUGGCAGGCUGAGCUGCAGCAGGAGAAGGUUCAGGAGACGCUGGAUAAACAGACAGACGUGUACCAGUACUCCUGCCACAACAUGGCCCCUGUACCCAGCUGUGACUAUGUGGUACUAAGAUCAUGGCGUACAGACCUGUGUAAAGGCUCCUGUGCGCUGGUGUGUGUGUCUGUCGAACAUGAUGACAGCCCACGCAUGGGAGCAGUGAGGGGGGUGGUGCUGGAGUCACAAUACCUCCUUGAGCCCUGUGGGACUGGGAGGACCAGGCUCACACAUAUCUCCAGAGUGGAUCUCAGGGGAAGAUCUCCAGAAUGGUACAACAAAGCAUUUGGUGACAUGUGUGUAAAUGAGGCCCAGAGGAUCCGCUCCUCUUUUCACCCGCCUGACCCGAUGAGCCCAGAGCUGAAGACCUGAACCCCAGAAAUCAAGCUCUAUCUUGGGUCACACUGCCAGAGCAGCUGGGCCUGAGGACCAGUGAGGAGGGGAAUCAUCACGGCAGAGGACUGGAGUGUCUUUUCACGCUGCUGAGCCACACUGAACUUAACUGUACCAUAAUGUAUUUAGAUACAGUCAUUCACACACAGAAAAGGGAGUAUUUCUGUCAUGUAUUCCAGUAAUUAUACAGAACAACAUAUCACUACUUAUUUAUAUAAUAAAUAAUGACUUUUGGUGCAAUAUUUUUUGCCCAAAGAAGAAAACUCUGGUGUCUAAUUCAAGAUAUGAAACAGCUCAUUAGAUUCCCUUUGAAUAGCCAUUGAAGUUUCAUAUAAUUGGAUCAUAAACAUUUGCAUUAUCAGGGAAAUGAGAAUGUGCACAUAGUUAGUAUUUCUUAUAUUUAUUGCUCUGGCUUGUUCUUCCAAAUCCUUAUUUACUUAUCCAAUGUCUUGCAAAAAAAGAUGGCCUAGAACACAUUAAUGUCAUACCGCAAUAACAGAUCUUAUUGUGCAUAACCUUUAAUCCUACUUGAAGUAGAAUACCUGUAUUUGUAUUGAUUUCUUUUCAUCUUAACUCCAUCUCUUUAAAAUGCAACAUUACAUUACAUGUUACUUGUUAGACACUUUUAUCCUAAGCGACUUACAUACUCAAUACUGUGGACAGUCCCCACAGGAGCAAUUUGGGGUGAAGUGUCUUGCCCAGGGACACAACGACACGCUGACUGUAGUGGGGUUUGAACAUGUGCUCCCUUGAUCUGAAUACCAACGCACUUCCACUGCGCCACACCCCCCCCAACAUAGCCUGCCAGUGGAAUAUACAGUGCAUUACUAAUUGGAUUGAAUUUGAUUGUUUCGUAACAUUUUUAAUUCUCGUGUUUUAUUGAAUAGACACAAAAAAGGAAAUCCACAUUCACCCCUUAUCUGCUUUUAUCCAAAAUUACAUUUAACAAAAACUGUAUGACUUACAAAUGCACAUUUGAGACUUGCGCUUGAUUAUGAUCAAGCCUUAAACAGAUGAAUCCUAGUGCUCUGAAGAAAAUCCCUGUCACUGGGAAUGACCAGGACUAGCACAGUAUGUUUGCAUGUCAGCAUUUUAUUGUGAAAAGUGCAGUUGUUCAGGAAACACAGACACAUGAGGGCUCUGGAUCACAGAAAAGGCAAACAUCCAUCAGGUCCAUCAUUGUGCAGUUAUGGAUACAUUGUGUAAGACAUCACUGUUAUUUUAGUCCUGUCACUAUUUUCAGUGUUAAUAUUAUCUACAUGUUAUUUUAAAUUUAAAUAUUGACAUUAUAUCAAUGUAUAUUGUAUUACUUUUUAUUUGCUGUCAUGUUAUACAAUGUCUAAGACAUUUGACCAUUUCACUGCUUCUGGGAAGCAUGUUUGAAAUUGUGUGUGUGAGUGUGUGUUUGCAUAGAUGUGCCCGUGUAUCGGCAUUUUAGAUAUAUACGAUACAGCCUGUAUUGUAAAUACAUUUGACGCUUUCUGUGCCAGCAGAUAAAACACCAUAGCUUUUCAGGGUCUUCCUAUCAUAUUGAUAUGCUGAAAUGUGAAUUUUCCAUACACCAUCCUACUAAGCAAUAUCAGACUGAAGCUUGCUUCUUUGUUUUUAGCUGUAGGCGUUGCUAUGGUGUUGCUAUGAUACAAUAUCUCUACAGUGCCACCAAAAUCCUGCGUGGAUGCUGUUUGCUGGGGAACAGUUUGGCAUGUGUGUGUGUUUGUAAAUAUGUGUGUAUGAGAGAGACUAAAUGAGUGAUUGACUUCGACGUGAGCCCUCGGCUGUGUGGGAAGAGGCUCCAAUCUUAGCUGAGUAGCUGAGACCAGGGUGAUUUAUGCUUGGUUAUUUGUGACAAAGUGACAGAAAACACAACAAUUAUUUUCUGAACAAAGAGAAUAAAAAAAAUCUAAGA